UUUUUUUUUUUUUUUUUUGGUGUGGUGACAGUUGGGUUAUGAUCCUUCAGAGGAAUUAUUAGGACUCGGAGUCGAUCUCAAGCCAGGGAAUUCAGUUUCAGAGAAACCCAAACCAAGAUCAUGGUUUGGUCCAAGUGGUCAAUAUAUCAGAGAGCUUCCUUGCCCAGAUUGCCGGGGAAGAGGCUAUACUCCAUGUACAGAGUGUGGAAUAGAAAGAUCAAGAUCAGACUGUUCUCAAUGCAAUGGAAAGGGUAUAAUGACCUGUGGUAAGUGCUUGGGGGAGUGUGUUACAUGGGAAGAGUCAAUUGAUGAGCAACCAUGGGAGAAAGCCCGCUCAACUUCUCCCUUCAAAGUGAAGGAGGAUGAUGAAGUAGACAAUCUAGACAUAAAUCUGGAUGUGAAGAAAAAGUCAAAGCGUGUUUACCAAUCACCAUCUCCUGAAGUUGGAUUGAAGAUUAGCCGAUCACUAAAAGUUAGUUUGCUGCCGUAGUCUUACAAGGAAUGUUUUUAUAUAAAAUUUGAUCCAUAUGUUUGCAUACAAUUCAAUUCUAUUGAUGGCAUCAUAUUUACCUUGAAUACAAAAUUUUGACAUUCAUGUCACAUGCAUUAUUUAAGUUUGUAUAUACUGUUGACUGCAUUGUCAAUAUAUUGGAUGACAUGUUUAUGCCUCUCCCUAAUUGUUCUUUCCUUUUUAUUUUUUAUUUUUUUAUUUUUUUAUCAUCAAAGAAGUUGGUGCUUAGCUAUUGCACUGAUUUGAACUCCUGAACUUAAUCUUAGAAUUAAGGUUUUGAAAUGAAUGGAUACCAACUUAGCUAAACUCUUGUUUGUCUAUGUAAUUACUACUGCCUUUGUCCAAUUUUAGUUGUCAUA